GAACGGCCGGUGGCCUCGUGCAGCCGGGAACAGGGCAAGUGGACGAGCGGAGCGACCCGAGGCCAGUGGCUGUACCCGGGGUUGGUCCCGGCUGCAGGUGGCCGGCAGUGCGACCCUCCCCUCUGCUUUAGCACUAGCACGGUUGUCCUGCUGCCUCCCCGUCCCCUAGGCAACGACGCCUGGCGUGGGGCGGGGCGGGGCGAGGCGGAGCCAACCGGUUUCUAGGAGAAACAGUGAACUUCUCUGUCCUCUAAGCCAUGCCAUGCUCUUUCCUCCGCGGUCUACCCUUCUUUCAACCCGGCCACAGCUUUGUGCACCUAAAGGACGAUCAGUCUUGGGUGCCCCACUACCAGAGCCCCUGCUAUGGGACAUCCGCUGGGCUCCUCUGAUGAUGGUAUAUAAUGAGAUGAUUGUUUGAGCCUGGGUCCCCAUGACAUCCAAAGAUAAAGACGUGGUGUCCUGGCCAGUUUCUCCCUGGGAUGCCAUCCUUAAGGCUGCCAAAGACCAGCUGCCAUGCCUGGAUUCAGACUCCUCCCUGUCUGACUGUGAGGAAGAAGAACCCUUCAUCUUUCAGCGAAACCAGCCCGUCCUGAUUCCAGACCUGGCUGAGGAGCUGGCUGAAGAUCCUCUUGAGUCUGGGAUCUGGAUUGCUGUAGGGAGGAGUUCUUCACCUGAGCCAAUUCUGGUUCCUGGAAGACUAGCCGUAGAAUCUAGAAGUGGACAGAUGGUCAGACAGAUGGACUUGGCCCCUCAGGAAAGAAAAGGCCCUGGCUGGUCUUGCCAGAGCUGUGUUGAGAUCAGCCCUAUUCUUCUGGAGGCUGAGGAGGACCCACCCUGGCUGGAAGGCAACCUUAGAAGCCUGUCUAACCCCAAAGGAUCCCAGAGUCCCCCAUGGACUUCCCAGGGAGAAGAAGCCACUUUUCCUUUGGAAGGAGAGCUGAAGACAGAGCCCUCCGAUACUGAUGAGUGCAGAACCCUCCGCAGGGAGAGGAGGAGGAUGAUAGAGAAGGAUAUCCUUCAGAAAGUGACCCAGGCUUCCAAGAACCCAGCCUGUGGUGACCACGGCCAGGCUGCAGUCUCAGGACCCUGGCCAGAAGUAUCCUCGGAGCAGUCUCGGGAAGGGUGUCCGGUGCUCUCACUCAAGCAACUUGAAGGCUGGGAUUUGGAUUACAUCCUUCAGAGUCUGCCAGGGCGAAAAGACAGCCAGGGUGACAAUGCUCCCAGAACUGCGUGGUGGUUAGCUGACCGCUGCCAAAACCAAGGGCACACCACUGGACUCCCUCAGGACAUACUGCUGGAGCAGCUGGCCCUCCUGUGUGCCACUCAGUCCAGAGUCUGCAACCCUACCCAGAAGGUAUCUGCUGACAACCCCCAAAGCACUGAAGAACCGGAAGCCAGAAGCAGAAGUGCUUUAGCAGAGCCUGGCUUUCAAACUGAGCCAGCGCAGAAGCUGGCAGAGAGUAGGAGGCUGAAGACAGAGCCUCCCACCAUCUUCAUUGACCUGCGUCAGACGGAGCCAUCGGAACCACAAGAGCACCAGUCCCAGGAGAGCUCUGAAUAUAGUUCCUCUGACAGUGAGGAGGAAGGCAUGGAGACAGCAGACCCAGGACAGGGGGCAUCCUCCUGGGAAUGGAGGGACUGUACUGGGAAGAGCCAGCUUCUCCAACAGCUAAGAGCAUUUCGGAAGGGGGCUGGUCCAUCCCACCUGUCUACCAGUGACCGUCCUGGAGGCCAGAAGGCCCAGGCCCCGGAAGAUACAGCUGAAACACAAACUGGGAGGAAGAAACACAUGAAACUCUGGGCUGAGAAGCAGAAUGCCCUGGAUCUAGGGGACCCUCUUGGGACACAGCCAGCCAGAAAGGUGCUGCUACCUGCUAUGGGCCAGCUAUACCCAACUCAGAUACAAAAGCACACAUAGGCUCCAGGUCAUUCCAAGUUGAAGGUGACACUCAUCUUUGCUAGUCUGGAUGGAACACCGCACCUACCAGGAGUUCCAACACCAGGAGUCACGCUGUGUGAAAUGCAGUGGAACCCAUUCUCCCUCCUUGGUAUCAAUGAAAGCUGUGUGACCAGCUGAGGCCUGGACCCCAGGGGGGACACCUGAGCUUCCUCCACCUGGUUACUUUGCAAAACUUGUCUCCCCUCCCCCCAUCCACUCCACCCCAGCCUCCAUCUUUCGGGUCUGUUGUACCUGCUUUCUCAGCCCCUCUGAUUUUCUGCCAACCAGAGUCUUCCCCUGUCUCCUCCCUCCAUGGAAGAACAGAGAAACCACUACCAAGGUAGGGUUUGGGUGGCAGAGAAAGCUACUUGGCAUCUGACAAAUGUUUUAGCACUCAGCUGUGGUGUGGGGGCGUUAUUACUGCCAGCUGUCCUGCUGCUAGGCAAGGAUCUCAGUGCCAAGUCCUGAGCCACACAAGACAGGUCCUGUGACAGGAUCACAGACAGAUCACUGUUGUCACUGGCAGCCAGCAUCACACCCAGAAUCCUGAUCCAAAAACCCUGUCUGAUACAGUCACAGGGACUGCCAUUAAUCCCAACACCGAGAUAUAUUCUUUAGAUGCCACAUGCAAGACAGGCCCCUACCAAGGCCACAGGCAGCCUCCCUGUAAGGCGGCCAGGCUGCCCUGCCCAAGGGCAGAGAUCCCUUGCUUGAACUCCAGGGCAGCCUGGCUCCACCCUCUGCCUAGCAGCUUCCACUUAGCCAUCAAGAGCAAAAGCACCUCAUUGUUCCUAAAUGUUCUUUCUCUCAACCCCACCCCACUAAUGGUAGAAAACCUGUUGAGAAUGCCUCAUGUGAUAGGAAA